AUGGCCUCACGCAUCCCUACGUCCACGUCAGUCGUCGAGUCGGCCGUCAUCGAAGCUCACCUGAGCAACGUGUGGCACCUGGUCAAGCUCCAGGACUUUGCCAAAUUCUGGACCAAGCUCGACAAGAGCGAGUUCGUCAAGGGAGUUUCCCCCGAGACGGACGUGUUCAAGUGGAGCUUCAAGGAUGGCACCGUGCUAGAGAUCAAGCAGGAGGAACAUUCGUCGAUUGAUCACUUCAUCACCUACUCGGUCAUCACGGCGGCUCCCGAGCUGAGCUACUCGUCGGCGCUCAGCACGAUCCGGCUUUUCCCCAUCACGUCGGGCAAGCACGAGGGCCACACGUUCAUCCAGUGGACGGGCAAUUUCUCCAGCGAUGCUGAUGCCGGAGUCAUCGAGGACGCCAAGUUCAAGCGGCGCGAGGCUCUGGCGGACCUUGCCGCGGCGGUGUCCAAGGGCACAAAGUAG